AUGGGUUUUGGGAUGGUUGGAUCAGAAGUUGCAAGGCGAGCUAAGGGGCUUGGCAUGCAUGUUAUUGCUCAUGACCCAUAUGCCCCUGCUGACCGUGCACGUGCUAUUGGGGUGGAACUUGUGAGCUUUGAUGAAGCCCUCGCAUCUGCUGAUUUCAUCUCACUUCACAUGCCCCUCACCCCUGCUACAAAGAAGAUCCUGAAUGAUGAAACUUUUGCAAAUAUGAAAAAGGGUGUACGGAUUGUGAAUGUUGCUCGUGGGGGUGUGAUUGAUGAAGAAGCUUUGGUGAGGGCACUUGAUGCAGGCAUUGUGGCACAGGCAGCACUUGAUGUUUUCACUGUGGAGCCGCCAUCAAAAGAUAGCAAGUUGAUUCAACAUGAGAAUGUGACUGCAACUCCACAUCUUGGUGCUAUUCACACAUUUACUAAUACUCUUAGAAUGAUUGUCCAGGAAGGUGUGGCAAUUGAGGUAGCGGAAGCAGUUGUUGGCGCUUUGAAAGGGGAGCUCUCUGCUACAGCUGUCAAUGCACCUAUUGUUCCUGCUGAGGUUCUAUCAGAGCUGAAGCCUUAUGUCGUGCUUGCCGAAAAACUUGGUAGACUUGCUGUCCAGCUAGUUGCUGGUGGAAGUGGUGUGAAAUCAGUGAAAGUAACAUAUGGUUCAGCUAGAGCACCCGAUGUUCUCGACACAAGACUGCUUCAUGCCAUGAUAACUGAAGGCUUGAUUGAGCCUAUUUCCAGUGUUUUCAUUAACCUGGUUAAUGCAGAUUUCACUGCUAAACAAAGGGGACUACAGAUAGCUGAAGAACGAAUUCUUCUAGAUGGUUCACCAGAAAGUCCAGUUGAGUUCAUUCAGGUUCAGAUUGCCAAUGUGAAAUCCAAGUUUGCCAGUGCUAUAUCUGAUUCAGGAGAGAUUAGAGUGGAGGGUAGAGUUAAAGAUGGAGUCCCUCAUUUGACAAUGGUUGGAUCUUUUGAAGUGGAUGUGAGCUUGGUGCUAAUAAACAAUUCGACUGUGCGAUUAGAGGUAUCUACUACAUUGAGUUAUCAACUUGACAUUUUGUAUUGGCCAAAGUCACACUUGAUCUAA